CUCUCUUCCUCUUUCAUACACCCGUCUUCACACGAUCUUCUCUUCUUCCUUUUCUUUUUCUUUUCCUUUUUUCUUUUCUAUCUUUGCUCCUCUUCCUCUUUUCCUCCUUCCCUUGGAGCACCACUCGUUCUUUCUUCCCCACCUCUACUCUCCUAGAGUCCUUGGUGGUUCCUCUCCUUACUUUUAUCUCUCUGCGCAUGUGCACCUAUACCUGUUCCUGUUCCUGUUCCUGUUCUUGUGCUCACACCUAGACAUUUUCUGCUGUUACGGCAUCCUUUAUUGUCCUCUCAUUUCUACCGAUUUACUUCAUUCCUUUCACAAUGUUCCACUCCAUUGCAGUCCUGACUACCACUGUUGCUCUCACUUUGUUGACCACUGUGCAUGCUCAGGUUUAUUGUGGAGGUCAAAUCAGUGAAAUCGCUAAUGGAACGCUUGGUGGUUUCAAAGCCCAGUACUUGUCCAACAUCACACUCGUGACACUCUUUGGUCAGAACAACAACAAAGAUUUCGAGCAAUAUGUCCUCUAUUGUGGUGAUCAAGCACCCGACACGCUUGCGCUACAGGCACAUGGUAUUCCUACAUCCGUUGGUAUCUUUAAAGUACCAUUGCAGUCUGUUGGCGUAGAAGGAACCUUUACGAGCUCAUAUGUUGAGGUCGCUGGCUCUGGGAGUGCCAUCAAAGUUCUAGAAGAUCCACAAAAUGUGGUGUCACCUUGUCUUCAACAAGCUGUCUCAAAUGGCACCAUCACAGCUCUGAACGACGGAGACUUUUCGCAAUAUGAGAGCCUCAACGCCACUUUCCGUGAAAACAUGCAUCCAGGUCAGAAAAAGGACAUUUGGGUGCCAACAACGAGGACAGAGGCAGAUCCUUUAUUGAGAGUCGAGUAUAUCAUAGCCAUUUCUUUGUUUUUCAAUAAUGGGCAACAUGGCGAAACAAUCUACAACAACAUUAGGAAUGCAUAUACAACCCUCAAGAAUGAUAUGGCACGUAUCCCUCUUGCGAACAGGAAGCGCAUUGCUUGGGUUCGCUAUGACUUUUCUACAUCCACCUGGAGACUUCGCAACAGCGCUUUCGUAAAGAAAAUCAUCGAGGCUGCAGGUGGUGUUUCGUUCCCAUUACAUGCGGAUGGUCUGGAUGACGCCUCGGUUUCGGCAGAUGAUAUCAAGACAUUGCUGGUCAAUGCUCAGAUCAUUAUUGACGAGACAGACUUCACUAAUCGGAUGACAUAUAAUGGCAAGGUGUAUUCAUCAGCGGUAGAACUUUGGAGGACUCUUGCUGGAUUCCUUGUUUCGGAUAUGCUCCCUGCUCUUUCUAAGAAUAAAGUAUAUUCAUUGGACAAAACUGCCAAUGCCAAGGGUAUUAGUGAUUUCGAGUACCGGCUCGCAUCACGUCCUGAUAUUCUUUUGAAGGACUUGAUCUCCGUCCAGUAUCCAUAUUACGAACCCGGCUAUAACACCACGUUCCUCAAUGACGAUUUUUCAACAACAGGUGGUCCCGCUACACGUCUUGGAGCUAGUGAUUGCGGCAUAGUCCCUUAUAAUACCGGUGAUAUCCCACAAGUCCAACCAAAUCCUUAUUUCAAGGGCGAUGAGGAUGUACCACCCCCUUUGAUCGGCAACGGUAUCUAUGGAGCGGGUGGUGAACAGGACAACAAUGGCAAUGGCAAUGGCAGCGGCAAGAAAACUGGCAUUAUUGUUGCGGUUGUAUGUGUUGCAGUUGUUCUAGGAGCAGCAUUUGCAUUUGCGUUCUUCAAGUGGGGCAAACGUUCCAAGGAAGAUCGCUUUAUUGAAUUAGAGGAAGAAAUGAAUAACGAGAUUCCAUUGCACUAAACAUGUAUUAAUCCUAACUUGUCAAAAAAAUAUUUAUUUAUUUGAAUAAAAAGUAG